AUGUCACAGCAUCAUGACAAUCUAUUUCAAGAACGAAAGAGGAAGCUCUCAAUAUGGGUCAAGAGAAUUAUGCAGCCGAACAAGGACCAAACAAGAUACGUAAACCGCACGGCGCAUGGUAAGGCACGUACUCGAAGACAGGUUUUAGAGAGGGACGUUAAAAGUGGGGAUUCGUCGCUGGUACCGAUUUUGGACCCCAGGGAGCGUCGACUACAUGACAAGGAACAGGGAGCAAUAUCAUUCGACGAGCCAGUAAGAGAAGGCAGUACGGGUUUGAAGGUUGAAUUUGACCACACGAACGAUAAUGCCAGCACGGCUCCGCUUUUUUCACAUUGCUCAUCUUCUGUGAAAUCAUCGAUAUUUUCUGAUUCAACGUCCAUGCAGUCAACCAGAGCGACAGUUUUUUCUAACAAAACGUUUGACACUAACUCUAGUACUGUAGGUAUUCCUCCUGCAAGCAUCUUAGACCGAGCUAGGCAUACUUCGGCUGCCGCGCAGGGAGCGGCUUCGAUUUUUAGCCUCACCACCACUCACCACACUUCACAGGCGAACAGCAUAAGGCAGUACCCCCUAUAUCGGAACAACAGCACGCACACUGUGAACACCACAGCCACGGUUGCAUCACAGAGGGCAGACAGAGUGUAG